AUGCCGUUCAGCGUUCUUGGAUAUCGACACCUGCGAGCCGCUGAAAAAGGAGAGGAGUGGACACUGGCGGAAGUGGAAGAUGACAUUCGAGAAGCGGUGCUGACGUCAUUCAAGACUAAAACUACGACCACGGCAAAACCCAAAGGCCGAGGAUCGGCAGUGCAAAUGCGCAAACUGAACGAUCGCACGAAGCGCGCUGUGGAACAAUUAUUCCCGCAUGAACGGCAGGAAUGCGCGAAAACAGCCAACGACAGAGACAGCCGAGCGCCAGCGAUGGCCGUAUCUAUUAACGCUCUAUGUGGUCGAGAUAUGGUGACGGAGGAAGAGGUAUGUAUUCGAACAUAUUAA